AUGGCUCAAAAGUGGUCUUCGGAACAAAUAAACUUCCCAAUAGACGCAUACAAAGAAGAGCAGUGUUUAACGGCAAAAGACUGUUCAAACAAAUUCCACAGCUUAAGGAAUCAAUUUAAUAACCACAGCACAGUCAACGCGCACAGCGGCAAGCACCGUGUGAACUACGGAGAACCCCACCGAUUUCUCUGGAGCAGUUGCUUGGAUUCCUCGUCCAGGCCCGAAAAUUGCAAAUACCUGAAGACUGUAGCCUCUGAUCCUCUGACUGUCUUCGAUUUUGAGACCAAGGAUUCAAUUACCUGAAUAAAGGAGUAAUUAUAAUGACAUGUCAUCAUUACUAUUCGCAAACGACAGGGUUGUGUUCAUCUUCGAUGUAGAGGCUAUGCUCCGAUAAAACGUAAAAGGUGCGUUACGAGUUUUUGAUCAGUAAGUUAUCAGAUCUGAUACCGACCGAUGACGAUGAAUUGUUCGUAGGUAACUUACCCCAUGUAGACUUGCGCUGAAAUCAACUCGGAAAAAUUCCGUGAGAUGGCACUAGUUUUUGUAGUUCACGAAAGUCCCGCCGCAUAGCGCUAGCUGCAUAAAAUUUUCGUGAUGAAAGAUGGAUGAAAAGGUCUAUUGAUAAGAAGUAGUCGAGAAGUACGCAGUCUAGUUCUUUGUUGGAUUUCAAACACUGAUAUCAUAGAGUUAAAUAGUGCGUUUUAAGUGGUUUCAACUAUGCGUUUUAGUUGAUUGCAAAAAU